AUGGAAACGAAGUCGCGUAAACUGGAUGCUGCCAAGAAGGCUGAGGCGGAAGAAGCUGAGGCGGAACUUCAAACCAAUAUUGUGUACGAAGAUGAUAAAUAUGUCCUUCCUGCGGAUGAUCACGAGACCUUACAGAGUACUGAUUUGCAAGUUGUUCAAGCUCGUAUUCAGGAAAUUGUACGAGUAUUAAACAAUUUCAGGGAGAUGAGAGAAGGAAACAGAUCUCGUAACGACUACAUUUCUCAGCUACUCAAGGAUCUUUGUCUGUAUUAUGGAUAUAAUGAGUAUUUAAUGGAGAAACUGUUCUACAUUUUCCCGGUUUCUGAGGCUAUCGAGUUCUUUGAGGCUAAUGAGGUUCCUAGACCCGUUACGAUUCGUACAAAUACGCUGAAAACCCGUCGCCGUGAACUUGCGCAGGCCCUCAUCAAUCGAGGAGUCAAUCUGGAUCCCAUUGGAAAAUGGAGUAAAGUCGGUCUUCAGGUCUUCGAUUCACCCGUGCCAAUUGGUGCUACUCCAGAGUAUUUAGCAGGCCACUAUAUGCUUCAAGCUGCAUCCUCUUUCCUACCCGUCAUGGCUCUUGCUCCUCAAGAGCAUGAGCGCAUCUUGGAUAUGGCCUCUGCCCCAGGUGGAAAGAGUACUUAUAUUGCGGCUUUGCUCAAGAACACAGGAAUGGUCUUUGCGAAUGACGCAAAUAAAGAUCGUACGAAAUCUUUGGUCGCCAAUAUCCAUCGUCUCGGCGUCAAGAACGCUGUUGUUUGUAACUAUGAUGGUCGAGAGUUUCCUGGGGUGAUCGGUGGUUUUGAUCGUGUGUUGUUGGAUGCACCAUGCUCUGGAACAGGAGUCAUUUCCAAGGAUGCAUCUGUGAAGACCAACAAAUCAGAACAGGACUUCCAAAUGCUAUCCCAACUGCAGAAAGAACUUGUAUUGAGUGCUAUUGACUCGGUCGAUGCCAACAGUAAAACUGGUGGCUAUAUUGUCUAUUCCACUUGCUCCGUCACUGUGGAUGAAAAUGAGGAUGUGGUCAAUUAUGCUCUUAGGAAACGUCCCAAUGUCAAGUUGGUUUCCACAGGUUUGGAUUUCGGGAAGGAGGGUUUUACACGUUAUAGAGAAAAGGUCUUCCAUCCUACCAUCAGUCUCACAAGGCGUUACUAUCCUCAUAUGCACAACAUGGAUGGAUUCUUCGUUGCAAAGUUUAAGAAGAUUAGCAACAAGAUUCCUAAAAAGAAUGAUGACAGUGCUGAUACAGUCGAAGAUGAGGAGUUCACACCGAUUACUGACGAUUCUGGAAAGCGUUCUCGAGGAGGAAAGAAGGAUACAGCAGCAAAGACAGAAGAGGUGGAGAAGAUUAGCUUUAACCCCGAGGAAGAUGAUGAACUUAUUAGAGGUAAAUUUGCUAUUUUACUGUUUGUCUGGCUGUUUAAUUAUAAAAAAGAAAAGAAGGAAACCGCUAAUUUUAUAUUGAUCUUUUUUUUUUUCUUUUUUUUUUUUUUUUUUUUUUUUUCAAAUGUUAUAUAUAGCAUCGCAAGCCAAGCUAUUGAAAACUCAGAAGGGUAUCAAGCUUCGUCCAAAGAAAUCUGCAUAAAUACAUUAUAG